GAACUGUUGACAAACACUCAGUGGAAGUCACCAACUGCUUUUCAGUGCCACACAAUGAGUCAGAAGAUGAAGUGGCUGUUGACAUGGAAUUUGCUAAGAAUAUGUAUGAAUUACACAAAAAAGUCUCCCCAAAUGAGCUCAUCCUAGGCUGGUAUGCAACAGGCCAUGACAUCACAGAACAUUCGGUGCUCAUCCAUGAAUACUACAGCCGGGAAGCCCCAAACCCCAUUCACCUCACUGUGGACACAGGUCUCCAGAAUGGGCGCAUGAGCAUCAAGGCUUAUGUCAGCACUUUAAUGGGUGUCCCUGGGAGGACGAUGGGAGUGAUGUUCACACCUCUCACAGUGAAGUAUGCGUAUUAUGACACUGAACGCAUUGGAGUUGACCUCAUCAUGAAGACAUGUUUUAGCCCCAACCGGGUGAUUGGACUCUCCAGUGACCUACAGCAAGUGGGCGGAGCCUCUGCUCGAAUCCAGGAUGCUCUAAGCACUGUAUUGCAGUAUGCUGAGGAUGUGCUGUCUGGAAAGGUGUCUGCUGACAACACUGUAGGCCGCUUCUUGAUGAGCCUGGUUAAUCAAGUACCCAAGAUAGUUCCUGAUGACUUUGAAACUAUGCUCAACAGCAACAUCAAUGACCUGCUGAUGGUGACCUACCUGGCCAAUCUCACCCAGUCACAGAUUGCCCUCAAUGAGAAACUUGUGAACCUGUGAAUGAGCCCUAAGAGGCACUUGUGCUGGUCUUGGUUUUCACCAUAGGACUCAGACUGAAGUGGAGGCAAAGGGUUUCUUUGUGGUCUUGAAUCACGAUCACUUGGUCAACUGCUUGGGACUCCUAAUAAACAUAGCCUUCCUUUUAUAAGUGAA